AUGUGCGGAGCAGGACAGCGCCAUAGCGGGGUGCGCCUCAGCAUCCCGUCUCCUCCCCUCCUUCAGCCUCCCUUCACUCCCCUUCACCUCCCUCACUCCCUUCACCUCCCUUCACUCCCCUUUCACCCCCACUUCACUCCCCUUCACCUCCCUUCACUCCCCUUCACCCCCACUUCACUCCCCUUCACCUCCAUUCACUCCCCGUUAACCCCUCGUCGCUCCCCUUCACCUCACUUCACUGCUCCAUCAGGUGACCCGCACGCGUACCCACCCCUCACCACUCUCACGUACACGGAUGAGAGAGAGGAGGAGGGGAACGGGGAAGGGCAGGAAGUUAUAAGCUAUCACGUUUUCCUCCCAACCCACCAUUGCUCUCGCUCCCACCCCGCCAUUGCUUCUCCCACUCACCCACCGUCGCCAUUUUCUUCCCACCCCGCCAUCACCUCUCCCUCCCACCCCGCCAUCGCCUCUCCCUCCGCCGUCGCCUCUCCCUCCGCCUCCCUCCGCCGUCGCCUCUCCCUCCGCCGUCGCCUCUCCCUCCGCCGUCGCCUCUCCCUCCGCCUCCCUCCGCCGUCGCCUCUCCCUCCGUCGUCGCCUCUCCCUCCGCCGUCGCCUCUCCCUCCGCCUCCCUCCGCCGUCGCCUCUCCCUCCGCCGUCGCUUCUCCCUCCGCCGUCGCCUCUCCCUCCGCCGCCGCCUCUCCCUCCGCCGUCGCCUCUCCCUUCUCCGUCGCCUCUCCCUCCCCAUCGUCGCCUCCAACCCUGCCCGUCGUCGCCUUCCCUUCCCUUCCCGCUGUCGCCUCUGGCGACAGGCGCACGAGUGGAGCGCGGGUUGGUGCGCGACCGCGGAUUUUGUGUGUCGAUUGA